AUGUUCGUCACAGGAGUGACUAGGCACGAGGGGACCCAACUCCAAACUGGAGGCACAAAAUUCCAAAGCAUAGUGAAGGCGAUCAACAACCCAUGGGCACGAAGAACGGAACCACCAAGCAAUAAACCGGAAACCACCAAGGCAACCGGAAACCACCCAGCAAAAACCGGAAAUCGCCACGAAAGCCCACGGGGGCUGGGGAAGAAGAAGCGCCGAAAGCCAGAGGAACAACGUAGGGGCGGGGGCCGAGCACGAACCAGGCGAGGGAGGCGGAUCUCAAGGAGAAACCGCAGGAGGCGGCGACCAGCGAAUGCUAAGUGGCGGCGUCCGAAAGGGGCCGAAGGCCCAGCCCGAGCGUGGAAAGUGCAGGCCGCGGCCCGAAUGUUGCCCAGACCGGUGGAGAAGCAACGACCAAAGGCGGAAGACCAAGGGCCGCGCGAAGAAGAACAAGCCGCGGCCAAAGAGCAGACCAAGCGGCGUGAAGGAGUCCACGGUGGCGGGAGGAGUCCACGGCAGCGGCGGGGAGCAGAGUCCACAGCGGCAGGAGGAGUCCACGGCAGCGGCGGGGAGCAAGGGCACGGGGUGCCGAGGGCACAAAGUGCCAAGGCUGGCAUAAAACCAGCAUGGUCGGCCGUAAAGGAGCCCGAGAUGGGCGACAAAAACAGCGACCCCCGGGCCUCCACCAAUAGUGACAAGAGCCACGGAUGGAGGAGGAAGCUCGCCCGCAAACCCCAGCAGCAAAGAGAUUGA